GCCGCGGCCACGAGCCCAGCCUGGGGGUGGUGUGGGGGCCGCCCGACGGCGCGGACUGGAGGCGCCCGCCGUGGUGGACCGGCUCCGCGAGCUGGCCUGUGGUGCAGGAGGAGGGGCUGGGGCCCCGCAAGCAGCACCAGGAGAAGUGGGGAGACAGGCCCGCAGUGCAGGAACGUGGAGAGGCCCGCGCCGGGGUGCAGGAGCGGGGGGAGGGGAGCCCCCGCAAGCUGCUGCAGCAGUCGGAGCAGUUUGCGGACGGCUCCUGGGAACGCAGGGAGAGGCUCGAAAGUUCUGGGGAACCGGGAGACGGGUAUUGGGAGAGCUGCGGGCACCUCGGACGGGAGGCGGUGGUCCUGGGAGAGUCACUGACGCGCCCGGAGAGACCGGAGCUGGUGGGGAGAGCCCGGCUCGUGGGGCCCCAAGGUCCUGAGGGGGAGGGGCGCCUGGGGGUGCAGGAAGUAAAUUGGCUGCCCGGGGUACAGGAGGGACAGGUGGUGCGGGCUGUCCAGGAAACAUACCUGGAGGAGAAGGAGUCCCAGGAGAGAGAGGGGCCCCCGGAGGAGCACAGGAUCCGAAGGCGUAGACGGAGGAGGAGGUGGUAACCCGCAAGCUGUCUGCCUUGCACCAGGAAGAGGGGAGCGCAGGAUGUAGGGGUGGGGGGAGCACAUGAGCGCGGUGAACCUGGAAGAGUUGAGAGCCACUGACCGAAGGCAGGCCUGCAGGAUCGUCUUUUGCCAUCUCACUCUGGGCAUCUUCGAAGCCGCGUCUGCCGGGAGGCAGCAGAAGGCAGCAGAGGCUGGGGAGUAGCAGCAUGCAGCCCGAGGAGGGCACCGGCUGGCUCCUGGAGCUGCUGUCCGAGGUGCAGCUACAGCAGUACUUCCUGCGGCUCCGCGACGACCUCAACGUCACCCGCCUGUCCCACUUUGAGUACGUCAAGAAUGAGGACCUGGAGAAGAUUGGCAUGGGCCGGCCUGGUAGCACUGGGUUCUCGUCUCUCCCUGCAGGCCAGCGGCGGCUGUGGGAGGCUGUGAAGAGGAGAAAGGCCAUGUGCAAGCGCAAGUCUUGGAUGAGCAAGGUGUUCAGUGGAAAGCGGCCGGAGGCCGAGUUCCCUCCUCAUCACUCCCAGAGCACCUUCCGAAAGACCUCGCCCACCCCAGGGGGCCCGGCGGGGGAGGGUCCUCUGCAGAGCCUCACCUGCCUCAUCGGGGAGAAGGACCUGCGCCUCUUGGAGAAGCUGGGGGAUGGCUCCUUCGGCGUGGUGCGCAGGGGCGAGUGGGACGCCCCCUCGGGGAAGACGGUGAGUGUGGCUGUGAAGUGCCUGAAGCCCGAUGUGCUGAGCCAGCCAGAGGCCAUGGAUGACUUCAUCCGGGAGGUCAAUGCCAUGCACUCACUGGACCACCGCAACCUCAUCCGCCUCUAUGGGGUGGUGCUCACGCCACCCAUGAAGAUGGUGACAGAGCUGGCGCCUCUGGGCUCGUUGUUGGACCGGCUUCGCAAGCACCAGGGCCACUUCCUCCUGGGGACGCUGAGCCGCUACGCUGUGCAGGUGGCCGAGGGCAUGGGCUACCUGGAGUCCAAGCGCUUUAUUCACCGCGACCUGGCCGCCCGCAAUCUGUUGCUGGCCACCCGGGACCUGGUCAAGAUUGGGGACUUCGGGCUGAUGCGAGCACUGCCCCAGAACGAUGACCACUAUGUCAUGCAGGAGCAUCGCAAGGUGCCCUUUGCCUGGUGUGCCCCGGAGAGCCUGAAAACACGCACCUUCUCCCAUGCCAGUGACACUUGGAUGUUUGGGGUGACGCUGUGGGAGAUGUUCACCUAUGGCCAGGAGCCCUGGAUUGGCCUCAAUGGCAGCCAGAUCCUGCAUAAGAUCGACAAGGAGGGGGAGCGCCUGCCCCGGCCCGAGGACUGCCCCCAGGACAUCUACAAUGUCAUGGUCCAGUGCUGGGCUCACAAACCAGAGGACAGACCCACCUUUGUGGCCCUGCGGGACUUCCUGCUGGAGGCCCAGCCCACGGACAUGCGGGCCCUUCAGGACUUUGAGGAACCAGACAAGCUGCACAUCCAAGUGAAUGAUGUCAUCACAGUCAUCGAGGGAAGGGCUGAGAAUUACUGGUGGCGUGGGCAGAACACGCGGACGCUGUGUGUGGGGCCCUUCCCGCGCAACGUGGUGACCUCUGUGGCCGGCCUGUCAGCCCAGGACAUCAGCCAGCCCCUGCAGAACAGCUUCAUCCACACGGGCCAUGGUGACAGCAACCCCCGCCACUGCUGGGGCUUCCCCGACAAGAUCGACGAGCUGUAUCUGGGAAACCCCAUGGAUCCUCCUGACCUGCUAAGCGUGGAACUGAGCACCUCCCGACCCAGCCAGCUCCUAGGAAGGGCGAAAAGGGAGCCUCCACCUCGCCCUCCUCAGCCUGCCAUCUUCACUCAGAAACCCGCCUAUGACCCUGUGAGUGAGGACCAAGACCCCUUGUCCAGUGACUUCAAGAGGCUGGGCCUGCGGAAGCCCAGCCUGCCCCGAGGGCUGUGGCUAGCGAAGCCCUCAGCCUGGGUACCCGGCACCAAGGCCGGCCACGGCGGCGGGGGCGAGGUCACGCUCAUAGACUUCGGCGAGGAGCCUGUGGCCCCAGGCCCACGGCCCUGUGCUCCCUCCCUGGCCCAGCUGGCCAUGGACGCCUGCUCCUUGUUGGACAAGACCCCGCCACAGAGCCCCACGCAGGCCCUGCCCCGGCCCCUGCACCCCACGCCAGUGGUGGACUGGGACGCACGCCCUCUGCCCCCGCCACCCGCCUACGAUGACGUGGCCCAGGAUGAGGACGACUUUGAGGUCUGCUCCAUCAAUAGCACGCUGGUGGGCAUGCGGGUCCCCACCGGGCCCAGGCAGGGUGAGACCAAUUACGCCUUCGUGCCUGAGCAGGCGCGGCCACUGCCUCCCCUGGAGGACAACCUGUUCCUCCUGCCCCAGGGCGGGAGCAAGCCGCCCAGCUCAGCCCAGACCACGGAGAUCUUCCAGGAGCUGCAGCAGGAGUGCAUGCGGCAGCUGCGCGUCCCAGCCGGCUCGCUGGCCUCCUCCCCGAGCCCAGCCAGCGACGACAAGCCCCAGGUGCCCCCCCGGGUGCCGAUCCCCCCGCGACCUGUGCGCCCGUGCGGCGGGCUGUCUCCAGCCACCCCAGGCGAGGAAGAGAUGGGGCGAUGGCCUGGACCUGCCUCUCCUCCCCGGGUGCCUCCCCGGGAGCCCCUGUCCCCGCAAGGCUCGCGGACGCCCAGCCCCCUCGCACCACCUGGCAGCUCCCCACUGCCACCCCGGCUCUCAAGCUCCCCCGGGAAGGCCAUGCCCACCACCCAGAGUUUUGCCUCCGACCCCAAGUAUGCCACACCCCAGGUGAUCCAGGCACCUGGCCCGCGGGCUGGCCCCUGCAUUCUGCCCAUCGUCCGAGAUGGCAAGAAGGUUAGCAGCACCCACUACUACCUGCUGCCCGAGCGCCCGCCCUACUUGGAGCGCUACCAGCGCUUCCUGCGUGAGUCCCAGAGCCCUGAAGAGCCGGCCCCCCUGCCCGUGCCCCUGCUGCUGCCCCCACCCAACACCCCGGCCCCCGCUGCCCCGACGGCUACUGUUCGACCGAUGCCCCAGGCUGCCCCGGACCCCAAGGCCAACUUUUCCAGCAACAACAGCAACCCAGGGACCCGGCCCCCAGCCCUGAGGGCUGCUGCUCGGCUGCUGCAGAGGGGCUGCCCCGGGGAUGGGCUAGAGGCUGGCCGGCCAGUGGACAAGGUCCAGAUGCUGCAGGCCCUGGUGCAUGGGGUGACCACAGAGGAGUGCCAGGCCGCCCUGCAGAGCCACGGCUGGAGUGUGCAGAGAGCUGCCCAGUAUCUGAAGGUGGAGCAGCUCUUUGGGCUGGGUCUGCGGCCACGGGGCGAGUGCCACAAAGUGCUGGAGAUGUUCGACUGGAACCUGGAGCAGGCCGGCUGCCACCUCCUGGGCUCGUGCGGCCCUGCCCACCACAAGCGCUGAGAUAUGUCUGGAGAGUCAGAGGAUCUGCCCUGAAGGAAUCACUUGAGCCCACCCCUCUGAUAUGGGUGGGGAGCUGCCCCUGCUGGCCUGGAGGACCUGCUGCCACCUGCUGCUCCCAGUGGGCAGAGCGAGGCCAAAGGAGCAGGAGGCUGGGAGCCCUGCCUUGCCAUCCCUCCUCACCCAGCGCUGUCCCUGCACACUUCGGUUCAGCCCUUGGCGCCCUAGCCCUCAUGCAGGUGGGCGCCCUGUGAAGGCAGGUCUGGGGCUGCCUCAGGAGGCCAUGAGGCCCACCUGCCUCUGGCUCCAGGCUUCGGCUGUGCUGUGGCUGCAGAGGGGCCCCGGGCCCUGGCCAGGGGACCAGACUGAGUGGAAGCCAGGCCUGGCCUGGGAAGGGAGGAUGUAGUGGCCACACAGAAAGGAGGACCAGCACCCCAUCAGGCCCCCCCACCCCCAAGGCCAGGCCUUUUUCCAGGGAGCCCCUAGGGGGGCAUUUGGGGUGUCGAACAGAGUGUGGCUUGUGGCCUGGCCAUGGACAUGGUACAGGACUUGGCUGGUCUUGUGCCUGGAAAUAGCCCCAGGUGGCUCAGGAAGCAGAGAAAGGGUGCCAGACUGCUCUCUGGCAGGGACCAGGGCCCCAGGCCCCAGGAUUGGAGGGGGACCAAGGGAGGCAGUUGCCCUGGGGGGACACCAGUGCUUCCCUGUGACCCAGCCCUUCCCCUUGUGCGGCUCCUUGUUUUCCCACCAGCCUCUGUUGCCAAAGUUGCUGCCCCAGCUAUCAAUACCUGCUUCUUCCAGAGAAAUAAAGUUUAGUUUCUAUUUUAUAUUA